GGGCCGGGCCGGGCCGAGUGCUGAGCCCUACGGGGAUGGGCCGUCGGGGGGCUCGGCUCCCGUAGAAGUGCAGCGAUUGAAGUCAGUGCAAACAGCAGCGCCGUUCCGACGGGUUUUAUUUGUCCCGAACUCUUCUCAGCUCUCGAGGCAGGUAAACGGCGGUUGCUCGGUGAUGCAUUCAAUGGGAGCUGCACGGUUUUCCUCUUAACCACCUGUAUGGCCCUCACUGUGCUGCAGCUGCUCCGGAUCUCUGAGCUCCGGGGCUGCUGAACGUGACUGAAAAGGAGAAAAGCAUCACAGAGCGGAGCGCUGCAUGUAACCUUUGAGCAGCGCAGCAUCCCGAAACCUCAGCGCUGCUGCAUUGCGCCUGGGGUUGUUCUCAGGGCCCAGAACUCCCACGUGGUGCUGGGAGAUGAAAGCAAAAGUAGUUAUGCAGAACAAAACUCGUAAUGCGGGCUGUGGAACUGAGAGGUUUUCUCGUGAUCCUGUCUGGGGGUGAGAAUCUUUGUCCAGCGGAUGAUGGCUGCAACCAUCCGGACUGUCAGGGUGCUUUCCAGAGCAGGAAUGUGCCUUCCCAAUGAGUUGCAGUGUCUGGAACGGGUAAGAGAAAGCACGUGGGCAGCUUUGGGAGCAUCCUGGAUGGCCUCGAGCAGCACCCGGUGUGACCUGAGCUCAACAUGGGGGCACAGGGGGUGAGGAUCCCCCCCGGCUGUGCCCACCGAGGGGUGAGGGGGCUUCUCAUUCCAGCACGGUGCUGCAGUGAUCAUUGCCAUCCGUGUUGGAUAGUGACAGGACAAGGGGGAAUGGUUUUAAGCUGAGACAGGAGAGGUUUCAGUUGGAUGUUAGGAGGAAGUUUUCCACCCAGAGGGUGGUGAGGCACUGAACAGGUUGCCCAAGGAGGUGUGGAUGCCCCAUCCCUGCAGGCAUUCCAGGCCAGGCUGGAUGUGGCUCUGGGCAGCCUGGGCUGCUGGUUGGCGACCCUGCACAUAGCAGGGGGUUGGAACUGGAUGAGCAUUGUGGUCCUUUUCAACCCAGGCCAUCCUAUGGUUCCAUGACCUGAGGAGAGCUCAACACAGGCGUAGAGUAGCAGUGUCUGUUCAGGAGGUCACCAAAACCUAUGGGUGGUGGGGAGAGCCCUCCAGGAAUUUGGGGAGGGCUCCACUGCUGCGCUGGGCGCUGCUCUGUGCCUGCUGGUUUGUUGUUGGGUGGGACGUAACGUUUAUUUGCUCUGUUCCAGAGCAGUCUGAAUGUGGUUAGGACAGGAGAAUGAUCCAUCACCAAAGCACACACUCCAGUUGACAAUGUUGGCAUAAGGCUGAGGUAAUAUUCAAUUAAUUUAUUCUGCUCUCAUGCUAUGAGCUCAGCUGAGCGAGGAGGAAGCACCAGGCUUUGCUUAACGAUCCCAACAUCCUCCUCAGUGCUGUGAGGAAAUGGGUUCUGGGUCUGUGUGGGUGUGGGGGGAACCACCUGCACUGCUCACCAGGGUCGGCUCAGAGCGAUCCACCACAGAUUCUGGUGGUGAUUCCUGCAUAGCUGCUGCACUCAAAUGGCAGCCUGCUUCUGCAAAGUGGUACGACCGAAGGGAUUACGUCUUCAUCGAGUUCUGUGUCGAAGACAGUAAAGAUGUUAAUGUAAAUUUUGAAAAGUCCAAACUUACAUUCAGUUGUCUUGGAGGAAGUGAUAACUUUAAACAUUUAAACGAAAUCGACCUUUUUAAUAAUAUUGAUCCAAAUGAAUCAAAGCAUAAAAGAACAGACAGAUCUAUCUUGUGUUGUUUACGAAAAGGAGAAUCUGGUCAGGCAUGGCCAAGGUUAACAAAAGAGAGGGCAAAGCUCAACUGGCUCAGCGUGGAUUUCAACAACUGGAAAGACUGGGAAGAUGAUUCAGAUGAAGAUAUGUCCAAUUUUGAUCGCUUUUCUGAGAUGAUGAACAACAUGGGUGGAGAUGACGAUGUAGACUUACCAGAAGUAGAUGGGGCAGAUGAUGACUCACCAGACAGUGAUGAUGAGAAAAUGCCAGAUCUGGAGUAAGGAAAACUGUUGUCUUCAGGGUUUGGGGAAAGAACUUCAUCACAUUUCAUAAUUGAGAUAAGAAUUCCUGAGUUGAUAGCCCUAAGGGGAGACAUUGCAUCCUUUAACCCAUUUCUUUCAGUCCAUUUUUAAAUGGCUUCACUGAUGGUAGGUGUGUACCAUUGUGCGGGGCAGUCUUAAGCCACGAGAGGCAAUAACGUUAUGCAUGAAUUCCAGACUUCCAAAAACCAGUUGAGGUGUGGGCAACCCAUCCAGAACAGCCGCAAUAAAGUUCACAGAGCCUCCCUGCCUCGUAGCAGACAUCACAGCAGAGCAGGCUUUCCGUCCUGCGCUCAAUUGGCGUUUUCCCCCCCCCCCUCUGUGGCUCACGGUUCAAUCUGACUUUUGUGCCCAGAACAAAACGAAACCCUCAUUUGGAUUGGCUCACCAAAAUUUCGACAAGCGCUGCGCAAUACCUCUGUGGUGUCUUCAGGUGUGUUCCACUGAUGUUUUUAUUAAAAAGGAAACAAAAUUCUCUCUGUUUUGGUAUUUCAUGGCUAGUUUUGCGUGUCCAGCUGUGUCCUGGUGCCCACGCUGUGAGGGGUGAGGCCCAAUUCAUCCCCCCCCUCCCACCCCAUGGAUCCGUGGGGCCGCGUCGUUGCUUGUGGAUCUGUACGUGAGACCAAAUGUAUUUGCACUGUUGGUAUGGAAGCAAGUGACAACAUAUGUUCUACCCGAUGGGGCUCUUCUGUUAGUUACCCGACCAGGCUGACAAAACCUCAAUUUCUGUUCAGAGCGGUGGGAAUUUUUUUAAUGUCUACAUUCUUUCUAAUAAACUGUUGAAGACUCCA